AUGUUGGGAGGCAAUAUCGGAGCCGCCGCCGUGGCCGUCGCUCUGCUGACGGGCACAGCAUGUGCCAUUGAACUUGAUAUCCACAAAGAGCAGUCGAUCAAAGAUGCGGCCGCCACAGCCGUAUUCAACACCAUGUCCAACUACACAGCCAACCAGACGAGCUCGAAUCCAAAGCAAUCCCCCCGGACUUGGUGGGAGAACGGGAUCUUCUUCUCGACCCUGAUGCAGUACUGGUACUUCACAGGCGACGCAUCCAACAACGCGGCCGUCAGCCAGGGCAUGUACGACCAGCGCGGCAAAGCCAACGACUACAUGCCGCAGAAAAGUCCGGGAUUCGUCAACGACGACCAAAUGACCUGGGGCCUGGCCGCCAUGACCGCCGCCGAGCUCAACUACCCGCGCGAGUCAUCGUCGAUGCCCUCGUGGAUAUCCCUGGCCGAGAACGUGUUCAAUUCCCAGGUCGCGCGCUGGGAUAACACGUCCUGUGAUGGCGGCAUGCGCUGGGCUAUCGAGCCGACCCAGAGCGGGUACACGAUGAAGAAUGCCCGCGAAAACGGGGGGCUGUUCCAGCUCUCUGCGCGCUUGGCUCGCUACACGGAUAACCAGACGUACGCCCACUGGGCGGAGAAGAUCUGGGAUUGGAGCGCGGGCACGGCGCUGCUGGAUACUAAGAGCUGGCGCGUUGCGGACAGUGUUCUCGUGGAAGGCAGCUGCAAGAGAUCGAGCCAUGAACAGUGGACCUACAACUACGGACCGUACAUCAGCGGCGCGGCGUACAUGUACAACAUGACAAAAGGCAACGAACACAAGUGGCGGCUGGGCCUCGACGGCCUCCUGAAAACCACCUUCGACUCCUUCUUCCCCGAGAAGCAUGGCGGCAAGAUCAUGUCCGAGGUGACGUGCGAGCCCAAGAUGCUCUGUGGCCCCAAUCAAGACAUCUUCAAGGGCAUUCUCGCCUCCGACCUCGUCUUCACCAGCAUCGUCGCCUCCCACACCGCAUCCGACAUUCUCCCGCGACUGCAGGGCUCAGCCGUGGGCGCCGCGAAGCAGUGCUCCGGCGGCAGCAACCACACUCUCUGUGGCCGGCGCUGGUAUGACACCGAGUGGGACGGCAGCGCCGAUAUCGAGGAGCAGAUUAGCGCCGCCAGUCUCUUCUCGGCGAAUCUGGUGGUCUUCAAGAAGGAUAAAAAUCCCGCUACUCUCUCUACGGCUUCGAAUACUACGCAGUCGACUGCGAAGGGUGCCUCCGAGUCGUCGGGCACUACUACGUCUGGUGGUGAUUCUAGCAGCAAGCCUAACUCUGGUAGCUCGAUUGCUGGUGGUGCGCUUGGGGUUUCUGCUGGCAUUGUGGCAGGUGUUGUUGCUGCUGUUCAGGCUAUGGCUUAG